CGUAACCGGCCGUAGCUUUUGAACUACCAGGGGAGAUUUACGUGCCAGUAUCUGGGAAUUUGGAAGAGAACGCUAACGUUGCUCAGAGUAUGCCUGUUUGGGUUCUUUGGGGCUAAUUUUUUUCCGUGGUCUUUUCGCCCAUAAUCUAGCCUCUUUAACAGAGCUUGGAUCUAAGAGCAAACGCUUUCAGUCUGAAGCAGCAUUAGCUAUUUCUCUUCCUGGGCACACUGCAGCAGGGACCUACUGUCUGGAGUGCUUAUGGGUGAUCCCGAGUCCUCUCCUUAUCCAGAGAGGAAUUCUGAGAAGCUGGUCCAUUCACUGGGUCCUCAUUCUGCCGCAGUUGUUGGCUCCACUCUCAGCGGAGCGGUCUUCAGUUUGCCAUUGCUUCCCUGGAAGUCCUCGAGUUUGUAAAUCUGAAGUUUAGGCCUUUGUUUAUUUUAGGAUUUGAAGGACGCAAAAUACUGUAUACAUGGCAAAGAACAUAACGUUUCUUCAGACAAUUUUAAUGUUCUUACUGCAUGGUUGCAUAUUGGCUGAAGGCGAUGAUACAAGAGCAAGUUGCCGAACAGCCCCAGCAGAUUUAGUUUUCAUCUUGGAUAGUUCCUACAGCGUUGGCCCAGAAAAUUUUGAAAUAAUCAAACGAUGGCUGAUCAAUAUUACAAGUAACUUUAACAUAGGACCAAAGUUUAUGCAGGUUGGAGUUGUUCAGUACAGUGAUUAUCCUGUACUUGAAAUUCCUCUUGCGUCUCAUGAUUCUAAUGAGAAUCUAAUCAGAGAAAUGGAAUAUGUUCAAUAUUUGGGUGGAAAUACAAAAACAGGCAGAGCAAUUCAGUUUGCACUUGACCAUCUAUUUGCUAAAUCCUCAAGAUUCCUUACAAAAAUUGCAAUUGUUCUAACCGAUGGUAAGUCCCAAGAUGAAGUCAAAGAUGUGGCUGCUGAAGCCAGGAGAAAUAAGAUCACGCUGUUUGCCAUUGGUGUUGGUUCUGAAACUGAAGAGGAUGAACUGAGAGCAAUUGCCAACAAACCCUCUUCCACAUACGUGUUCUAUGUUGAAGAUUAUAUUGCAAUAUCCAGAAUAAGAGAAGUAAUAAAGCAAAAACUCUGUGAAGAAUCAGUUUGCCCAACGAGAAUUCCUGUGGCAUCCCGGGACGAAAAAGGAUUUGAUAUCCUUUUAGGCUUAGAUGUGAAAAAAAAAGUGAAGAAAAGAAUUCAGAUUCCAAGCACUAAUGCAAAAGCUUAUGAAAUCACUUCACGGAUUGAUUUGUCAGAAUUGACAAGAAAUGUAUUUCCAGAAGGCCUUCCUCCAUCAUACGUAUUUGUAUCUACACAGCGAUUUAAAGUAAAAAAAACAUGGGAUUUGUGGAGGAUUCUAAGCUUGGAUGGAACACCACAGAUAGCUGUUACUGUAGUUGGAGAAAACAAAACAUUAUCAUUUACUACAACAAGCCUAGUAAAUGGCAGUCAGGUUGUUACUUUUACUGCACCCCGUGUAAAGACAUUGUUUGAUCAAGGCUGGCAUCAAAUCCGUCUCUUAGUAACAGAAGCUGAUGUAACGUUGUACAUAGAUGAUCAAGAAACUGAAACAAAGCCUUUGCAUCCUGUUGUAGGGAUCUAUAUUAGUGGAGUGACUCAAAUAGGAAAAUAUUCUGGGAAAGAGGAGACUGUGCAGUUUGAUGUCCAAAAGCUAAGGAUUUACUGCAGCCCAGAACAAAACAACCGUGAAACAGCCUGUGAGAUACCUGGCUUUAAUGGAGAGUGCAUGAAUGGACCUAGUGAUGUAGGAUCUACACCACCUCCUUGUAUUUGUCCUCCAGGAAAACAAGGACCCCCAGGCCCAAAAGGUGAUCCAGGACAACCUGGGAAUCAUGGCUUCCCUGGAGAACCUGGUCCAGAUGGUAAGCCUGGCUAUCGUGGAGUAGCAGGAACUCCAGGAUCCCCAGGGAUUCAAGGUCCACGUGGCCUUCCAGGUGUGAAAGGCGAACCUGGGACAGAUGGGGCAAAGGGUGAACAUGGGCUUUCAGGUUUCCCUGGAUUACAUGGGAUUCCAGGAUCUAAGGGUGACAGAGGACCUAAAGGAGAUCAAGGAAUACCAGGAAUUUAUGGGAAAAAGGGUGCAAAAGGAGAGAGAGGUGCUGCAGGAGUUCCUGGAAUACCUGGACGGCCUGGAGAACUUGGGAGAAAUGGGAAGGAUGGCAUACCCGGAAAUCCAGGUUUUAAGGGAGAAGUUGGACAACAGGGUUCUCCAGGACCAGAAGGAAGACAAGGAAAUCCUGGAAUUCCUGGGAUCCCUGGAGUUCAAGGAAUAAAAGGAGAAAAGGGUGAAAAUGGGCUGCCAGGACAAGAAGGAACAAAAGGAUCACCAGGGUUGCCUGGUCUGCCUGGACCUGAGGGAUCAUCAGGUUUACCUGGAGGGCCUGGGCCUAAGGGCAGCAAGGGUGAGCAAGGACUACAAGGGAAAUCAGGAAUUCCAGGUAUCAAG